GCGCUAACACUGCUAUUAGUCCCUAAUUGUGUUCCCUUCCCCAGGCGCCGCCCCACGACAUCCUAUUCAGUUACCUCAAGGUCCUCGCAGGCCCCGCGAUAAGUGCCUAUAUUUGGUCAUCCACGGACCCAGGACGUAGUAGUCCAGAGCAGACUGAGACAGAACUCGCGCCUCAUUUCGGACCUCGUCACGGCAUCGACAUGUAAUCUUUUCGGGUCUUGUACUCUUGGCGAGCCACUCGCAAUUUAGAUAAUUUGAUACCCCGUAUAUAUACUACUUCGUUCAGGCUACCUCCUCUGGACCGCGUGAACCUUUCCCACUAUUCUACCGUCUUGAUGGCAAUGGAGAUCAGCAAUGAUUCCGAUUUCUCACUCCCAAUGGCGUCAUUCCUUCGCAUUGGCACGUCCGAGGCUCAUGAAUCCGCAAGGCACAAUCAAGGCGGCAUGCGGCUCGUCAGCGGUGAGCUAGACAAAGAGGAAUACGUGUAUUUCUUAAUGAUGCUGUGGCACGUAUACACCGAACUCGAGCGGGGUCUAGAGACGCAUGCGUCGUACCCAACGCUACAACCAACGUAUAACCCUACAUUGCUUGCCCGCACUCCGAGUAUCUCCCAAGACAUAUCACAUCUACUUGGGGUGCCUGAAGCAGAAUGGCAGAUACAUCCAUUGCAUACUCCUUUUGUGGCAUAUACCACGCGCCUUCGAGAACUUUCUGAGUCUUCAGAUCCCACAUGUUUACUUGCACACGCUUAUGUCCGCUAUCUCGGUGAUAUGAGCGGUGGCCAAGUCAUACGACGACGUAUAGCCGAGGCAUACGACCUAGACGUGGAUCGAGGAUAUGGGACACGAUUAUACGACUUCAAGAAAUUGGACAGUAGUGAACCUGCGAACAUAGGGGAUAUCAAGAAAAUCAAGGAAUGGUACAAAGAUGGAAUGAACACUGGUAUUGGUGAUGAUACCGCGUUGAAAGCGGCUGUAUUGGAAGAGGCCUUGUUGGCCUUCAAGAUGAAUGUCAAUAUCUUCGAUUUACUAGCAGGGGAGGGGCGGGUCCAGGAACCACAGCACUCAGCUGUCUCAGUGCCGAAACAGGCCUAAGGCACUGUAUGACCCAAUAUUAGUUUCCUUCGGUGGCCUCCUUUCAGUAGCAAUGACCGUGGGCCUGGCUCAUGUCGUCUACAUGAGUGCUAGCGGCAGCAGUGGCAAUUGCGUGCUCAAGGGGGCGGAGUUUUGGUUACGAAGCAUUCUGCCGAUCUAGUGAUUCCAAGACGUAAUUUUAUUUCCAAUAGGUUGGAAUGGUUCGAGCUGUAGCAUACAUAUCAUCAUGAGUCAGACUUGCGUGUACUACUAUAAUGACAGUUUCUUGAAAUAAUGGAC